ACUUCUAAAGAGAUAUUUUCCGACUUUAAAUCUACAGCAUUUUAGCAGGACUUGCUACUAUACAUUUUCCAUCAUCACAGCACAUCUACCAGUGUAUUUCUGGAAUUGGACUAUACAAGAGAAACUGCGCCGGGCUGAAGGAUCGUCCUAACAGAAGAGCAAAGGGAUCAAAUUGAAGGAUCUCAUGACAAGUUACAGCAGCGGAGGAUUGUUCAACCCUGGUUACCAUGACAGCGACACUCUGGAAAUUGAUAGGUCUGUCAGAACUCAGCACGCUAACCCCUAUGCCAGGGGUGAGAGGGUGGACACUCGUUACUCCACACCUGGUCAGAUCGGGGGUGAUGAUGCUGUGGGGAGAGUGCCCUGGGGGGGCUGGCGGGAGGAGAGCUGGAGGGAGAGAGAAAACAUCCCCAUGGGCCUCAUCUCAACGCGCCCUGGGAGUCCUUCCUGGCAGCAUGACCUCAAUCACAGUACGUUCCAAAUCCCACCUGACUCUCAGUACGAUCGAUCGCCUCCUGUCCGCCUGCCCUCUGUAACAUCAGGCAACAUGACAGUGAGAUGGAGGGGAAUGAGGAGGAUGAGCAUGUUUCCUAACGGUGAUGCUGCCCAUCUAGCCUUCACAGAGGACGCCAUCAGGAGCGAGAUGGAGAAUGAGGAACAGAACCUGGUUAAGGAGCUCGUCGCCAUGUCAACGCAAGACCGAAUUCGGACCAUUCGAGACCUUCCAAUGAGCUUUGACGAGAAGAAACAUAUCAGGAGCCAAGUGCUGGCAUUCAAGUCUUCCAAGAAAUCUCGCCAGUUCACAUGUUUUGCAGAUUGCUCUGAGAAUGUGUCACUGUCUUUCCGCAGGUGCGGCUACAGUAUGAGGUCAGCCAGGCAGACCCUGGAGCUUUGGCAAGGCAUCAUGAAAGAGAUUAGCGGCAAGUUUGGCACCAGCGUCCUCUCUUAUUUUGUCUUUCUCAAGUGGCUGCUCAUGUUCAACAUUUUCUCCUUCCUGGUCAACUUUGGUUUUAUCACCAUCCCGCUGCUUGUUUACGACCCCUCACCCAACAUACCUGUGAAUGUGAGCUUCAGAGGGUUGGAGAUACUGACUGGAGCUGGUUACUUCACCUACACUGUCAUGUACUACGGUGGCUACAGCAAUGAAACCCUGGUGGGUCUGGUGGAGUACAACAUGCAGUUAGCCUAUUUCUUCACCAUUGCAGUCUACAUGGUUCUUUGUGGAAUUGCACUUAUCCUCAGCAUGGCCAGCUCAUUCAAGAAAAACUACGUACUAGCAGACCCAAUUUCAAACAGUGCGUGGCAGCUUCUAUGCAGCUGGGAUUUUAAUAUUACCAAUGAGAGAGCAGUGAGACAACGCAAGAACAAUCUACGUGUCCAACUCAAGGAGUCUCUGUCGGAGAAGGCCCAGGGGGAGCUGCUAACUCUCUCUGAAAAGCUGAAGCACUUUGGGGUUUAUCUUGGGUCCUGGUUCCUCUCCACUGGUUUGGCUGUUGGCUGUGGAGCUAGCAUCUAUUAUCUCUGCCAAUAUGAACAGCAGCGGACAACAGACGCUGCAAACUGGUCUCUGCUUCAGGAGGCAGAGACUCUGCUAGUUCCCUUUGUGGUGUCUCUGAUGAACCUGGUUGUCCCGCUCUUCUACUCCCUCUUCAACAAGUUUGAGCCGUACUCCAGCCAGCGCAGACAGAUCUACGCUCUGGUGAUCAGGAAUGUGUUUCUCAAGAUGUCCAUUUUGGCAGUCUUGUGUUACUACUGGAUGAACGUGGUGGCCACGAAGUUUUCAUGUUGGGAGGCCAUCGUUGGACAGGCUUUGUACCGUCUGGUCAUUUUUGAUUUCUUCUUCCUGAUGUUGGGAUCCUUCUUUGGAGAGUUUCUUAGCAAUGUGAUUGGGACGAGAUUUCUACCGCGUCUGGGAGUUCCAGAGUUUGACGUAGCCAGAAAUGUCCUUGAACUCAUCUAUGCACAGACUCUGGCCUGGAUUGGAAUCUACUUCUCCCCUCUGCUUCCUGCCAUCCAGAUCCUCAAAUUUUUCAUUUUGUUUUACUUGAAGAAGGUCAGCCUGACCCAGAACUGCCAGCCUCCGCGGCGGUCAGGCAGAGCAGCUCAGAUGCAAACCAUCUUCAUCUUCCUCCUCUUCUUUCCUUUCUUUGUGGGAGCCCUGUCCAUGGUUGCAUACACUGCCUGGAGACUGACUCCCUCAGAGACUUGCGGCCCUUUUCGGGGACUCAACAACACCUUCAGUGUGGUCGGGGUGUGGAUGGAUGAUCUGAAGGAGAUUCCUGGUUCUCAGUGGGUCGUCUGGAUCUAUCAAAAUGUCAUCAGAAGUGAAAUCUUCUACUUUCUUCUCACACUCAUCAUCAUGGUUAUCAUAUACAUCUUCUGGAAAGUCACUCAAGGCCGCAAGCAGCUUAUUGGUCUACUGAGACAACAGAUUGUUAAUGAAGGGAAAGACAAGUCCUUCUUGUUGGAAAAGCUACAAAACCUCCAGAAAUCUCAGCCUGAUAAAAAAUCCAAACAGAAGAAGCAAAAAAAGCACACCAAACGGCGCUCAGAUGACAACUCCUCUAGCGGUCAGUCCAGCUCAAACGCCAUGGUUCAGGCUUUACUCGCUCGCCAGCAGCUUGAAGAGGAGGAGAGACGCAGCUCUGGAGGUGUUCCCGUUCCCUCUGAGAUCUCCACCUCCAGAGCUGUGAUUCAGGCCAUGUGGGACCAGGAUGAAGAUAAAUAUUCCCCCAGCGCCUUAAUGCAAGCCAGGCAGCGGGCCGAGGGUCAAGAGAGAGAUGAAUACUACAGCACGGGUUUUUCUGAAAACUCUCUCAGCGCAUCCAGUGCUGUCACACAGGCGAUGCAAGCCAGACAAAGAGCAGAGGACAGAGCAGAUGACCCAUCGUCUUCUGUGUCAAGUGUUAUGAUGCAAGUGAUGCAAGCCAGGCAGAGAGCAGAGGCAGAGGACAGGACUCAGUGGAGCCCAGAUCCUCCACAAAGCCAAGCUCCUGCAGGCUCCAGCGCUCUCAUACAGGCCAUGUUGGCCCGGCAGCAGGCCCAGAACGAGUACGAUGACGGUUACUGA